AUGAAAACCCUACACAAACCAUUUUCAGCUCUUUUCCAAGAAAUCAAAGGACGUCAACAGGCUUUCAUGAAAGCUUUCAAUGCUGGAGACCCGAAGGGUGCUGCAGCUGUAUACGAUCCUGACGGUUACUUCAUGCCUAACGGUCGCAACCCAGUGAAGGGCCGCGCUGGUAUCGAGGAGUAUUUCAAGGAAGACAUGGCCGAUGGUGUACAGACGGCACAGGUGCAUUUAAUUUAUUUAAUUUAA